CAGUCAACUGCCAACACGCGUGUUUAAACACGAAACAACGCUGCAGCCAAGAGAGCAAAAUCAGCAAAUUUGGGUUAGAUGUCAUUAGCAAGAUAAAAAUGCAAGCUUGAUCUUGAUCUUCCUGUUCAUAAAACACUAAGCACCCUGCUCCUCCAUCUCGUAAAGUGUAUUCUUGCACCCCACCUCCGAGAAUGCCAUGAGCCCAUAAUUCAUCGUUGUGAUUGCGGACGUGGACGCUGUGAUCAUGGCCAGCAGUGUGCGCAGCAUCUGCGCCGAUUUAGCCUCCUUCGUGGCCCAUGACGCCUUCAUCUCCGUCCGUGUGGCCGUCAUCCUGCUGGCCGUCCUCAUCGCGCUGGUACAGAAGCUGCUCUUCGACGUCUCUUUAUGGAGCUACUUAUCCUCCUUCCUCGAGAACCCCUACUUCGGGGCCACCUUCAGUAUCGUGGGGAUCGGGGCGGGUCUGGCGGCGCUGCAGCAGAUGUGGUCGUUGGGGCAGCAUUUUUACGCCACGUACAUGACGUGUAGCAUUGAGAUGAGCAGCGGGGAUGAGAGUUUCCAGUGGGUACUGCAGUGGAUCUUCGCCAAACGCCUCACACACCCCCUGCAUCUGUCCGUGGAGACGGUGUGUCAGGGGGCGCGCAGUGCGGAACGCGCCAGUCGCUUCCAGUUCGUCCCUUCAACUGGUGUGCAUCAUUUUCUGUUUAAAGGGAAAUGGAUCCAGGUGCAGCGCAGUAAAAGCCAGAACGAGAUGGCGUUCGGCUUGCGUCCGCUGGAGAAGUUGAUUCUGCGCACCAGUGGCCGGGAUACCGGCAUCUUUCAGGAAAUUCUCCAAGAAGCGUUGGAUUUUGUGGAGACGCGGAAGAAAGGCAAAAUCACCGUGUACUGCGCGUCGGCCGGCUGCUGGGCCACCUUAUCCACCCCGCUGCAUAAACGGCCCCUGUCCUCCGUCAUCCUGGACCAGGGCAUCGCCGAGAAGCUCCUAGCUGAUCUGGAGCACUUUGUCGACCACUGCGAGUGGUACGUGGCGCGCGGCAUCCCCUACCGGCGCGGCUACCUGCUGCACGGCCCCCCGGGGACGGGGAAGACCAGCUUCAUCAUGGCGCUGGCCGGCUUCUUCAAUCUGAACAUCUGUAUGCUGAAUCUGAGCGAGAAGUGGCUGACGGACGACGUGUUCAACCAGCUGCUGUGUAAUGCGCCGCAGGACAGUGUCUUUCUGCUGGAGGAUGUCGACGCGGCGUUCUUGACGCGGGAGGGCCAGGGGAAGAGUGCUGAUGCAGCCAAAGCGGUGGCGUUUGAUGGGCUGAGUCGACUGACGUUCAGCGGAUUUUUAAAUGCCAUCGAUGGGGCGGCGUCAGCCGAGGGACGCAUCCUGUUUAUGACGACGAAUUAUGUGCAACGAUUGGACCCGGCGCUGCUGCGGCCGGGCCGCAUCGACGUGUGCCAGUACAUCGGGUACGCCAGCGAGCACCAGCUGCGCCGCAUGUACCGCCACUUCUACCCCGACCAGCCCCCCGAGGAGGCCGUCACCUUCGCGGCGCUGGCGCUGGACACCGCGCCGGAGAUCAGUAUGGCGCAGGUGCAGGGCUUGUUCCUCCUGCACAAAUACGACCCGGAGAAUCUCCUGCAGGAUUUGAACGCCAGUCUCUCCCGAAAUACUCCCGCGGUGUCCUAGUGUGACUGGACGGAUGGUUGCUUGAAGUGUCCCUGUCCCGCUGCUGGUCAACCCCCCCCCCGGGUGGUGUACUCUUGGUUGGGGACGUGUGUGAUGAUUUUAUUCAGUUUUUAUCCGUUUGUUGCGUUGUGCCGGGUUGGAGUGGAGCGUUUUUAUUUGUGUAGACACCCUGUACAUCAAUUUUGUUUUUUUUUUUGAAAAUUCAGGAUAAGCUUAUGUUGAAGUGGGCAUAUCGAUAACAUGCAAUGUCAUGACGAUCCUUGAAAUGAAUAAUAAAUAAAUCAUUUUAC